AUGGAAAGUGGUAGCCUACCAAUGUUUCCAUCAUUUGACGCCGAAUUAGAUCGUCCUGAUGUUGCUACACGUUGGACGAAGUGGCUGGCCCGCCUUGAGAACUUAUUCGUUGCUCUAAAUAUCACGGACGACAAGCGUAAGAGAGCCCUUCUCCUGCACUAUGCUGGGGAGCAGGUACAUGACAUUUUUUGUGCUGAGUCUUCAAGUCAAGCUAGGCCUGCUGACACCUCCACCUCAACCACGUCUACAGUCGGCCCAGACUGUUCCUACGCGGGGACUGUACGUAUUUUGACAACAUACUUUGCCCCCAAACGCAAUAUUCAGAUGGAGAUGUAUGUUUUUCGAUCUUGUAAACAAAAGCCUGGACAGAGCUUAGAGGCUUACGUCACCGAGCUGAGAGCACUUGCCCAAACAUGUAAAUUUCAUGAUGCCAACAGUGAAAUUCUCAGCCAGCUCAUACAGCACUGUUCUUCUUUACGUUUUCGCAGACGGGCGCUCCGUGAACAAGACAAGAGCCUAAGUGACAUUUUGGCCAUGGGUAGACUUCUCGAACAAUUAGAUGCGCAGGCCAAAUUGAUGGAGGACGGCCCUGCAAUUGUUAAGGCUGUCCAGACCGCCAAGCCCCGGUUUCAGUCACAGAAGCCCCGGUUUCCGUCACAACAGCAUUUUUCGAAGCGCAGAUCAUCAGGCAUCUGUAAGUACUGUGGUGGUCAGCUCCCCCACAGUGCGGACUGUCCUGCUCGAGGCAAAACAUGUAACUUUUGCCACAAGAAAGACCAUUUUGAGCGUGUAUGCCAGACGAAAGCGAGAUCACAGCAAAGCCAACACGUCAAGUCAGUCAGCACUGCUCCUGCAGACAGUGACCGCAACUCACCUGUAUCUCAACCCCCUGCAGACUCGUCUUCCGACGAAUAUUGCUAUGCUCUCCAGGAGGACACGGUUUCAGCGGUGACACCACAGGUGACAUUGAUGGUUGAGCAUGUACCCAUCCCCUUUUUGGUCGACACUGGUACUACUGUUAAUAUCAUUGACGAGACUGCUUAUGAGCUGCUAGGUAAGCCCAUACUCCUGCCACGACCUGGAUCGCGUCUUGUUCCGUAUGGCUCCGCAAAGGCCCUCCCACUCCUUGGGAAAUGCAACUUAUCGGUAGAGAGGGAUGGCAACACAUAUAGCUUCGUCUUCAACGUCGUUGCUGGCAGAUAUGGAUGUCUUCUCAGCUGCGACGCCUCCCAGGCCUUAGGAUUUGUACAACUUGCAUGUACUGUGACAGAUUACAAAGGUCGUUUCCCUAUGCUCUCUAAGGGCAUUGGCAAACUCAAGGACAGGCAGUUCCUCCUGCAUGUUGACAAGACUGUCCCGCCGGUGGCCAUCACUAAUCGCCGCACGCCCUUUCACCUUCGAGAGAAAGUCGCAGCAGAACUCGACAAACUACUCGAAGAAGACGUUAUAGAGAGUGUCAUAGGAGAGCCUACGCCAUGGGUUUCUCCAAUUGUUACGCCUCCGAAGAAAGAUGGCUCUAUUCGCCUAUGUGUCGACAUGCGAAAGCCCAACAAAGCAAUUCAGCGUGAGAGGCAUUCCAUGCCAACUGUCAAUGAGUUGCUAAGUGACUUCAACGGUGCAAAGGUCUUCAGCAAGAUUGACCUUCGAGCCGGUUAUCACCAGCUAGAAUUAGCUCCAGAGUCUCGCUAUAUCACAACAUUCGCAACACAUCGUGGUCUUUAUCGCUACAAGCGCCUUAACUUUGGAAUAUCGUCUGCAAGCGAGAUUUUCCAGGAAGCAAUUCGCGAUGUAAUACGUGACAUCAAAGGUGCAAAGAACAUUAGCGAUGACAUCAUCUGCUUUGGCAGCGGUAGCAACGCUCAGGCUGAUCAUGAUCGUGCAGUCCAUGAAGUACUGACAAAGCUUCAGCAGAGUGGUCUAACUGUCAACUGGAACAAAUGUGAAUUUGGAGUACGCCGCAUAGAAUUCUUUGGUUUGAUCUUCUCGGACCAAGGGGUUUCGCCAGAUCCGAAGAAAGUUGCAGCUGUGAAGGAAGCUGCUCCCCCUUCCAACUCUGCAGAAGUGCGUAGUUUACUCGGCAUGCUGAACUACAGUGCACGCUUCAUCAAAGACUACGCUUCGCUGAGCGAGCCACUCCGACGUCUGACAGUGAAAGAUGCAGAAUGGGUGUGGCAUGAUGAACAGCAAGAAGCAUUCAACUCGCUGAAGUCAGAGCUUAUGGCUUCUACUGUUAUGGCCUACUACGACCCUACAGCAGACAUCGAGAUCAUCACUGACGCUAGCCCAGUUGGUCUCGGGGCAAUUCUUUCUCAGCAUGACAAGCCCGUAGCAUUCGCAAGCCGUGCCUUGAGCCAUGCUGAAUCUCGCUAUAGUCAGACGGAACGCGAAGCUCUUGCCAUCGUAUGGGCUUGUGAGCAUUUUGAUUUGUAUGUCCGCGGAGCACCGCAGUUUACCGUUGUUACAGAUCAUAAGCCUUUGCUUCAUGUGUGGGAUAAGCCAAAGCCUCCUCUUCGUCUCGAAAGAUGGGGAUUGCGCUUACAGCCCUACAAGAUGAAUAUCAAGUAUCGCCCAGGUCGCGACAAUCCCGCGGACUAUAUGUCGCGCCACCCACGGUCAAUUACUUCCCCUGCUGACCAACGCCUACAGGAUAUGGCAGAGAAAUAUGUGAGUUUUGUCGCGGAGACAUCAACACCGUCUGCGGUUACCAUGCGUGAAAUCGUAGACGCUACCAUCGCAGACAAAACACUCAUGCAAGCGAUCGCGUUCACACAUAGCGGGCGCUGGCACGAUUUUGCGAGUGUCAACCAGCCCGAUAUCGAUAUUCGUGAGCUACAGGAGUAUCGCAAUGUGAAAGAUGACUUCACGUGCUACAACGACAACGUAUUGCUACGGGGAAAACGUAUUGUGGUGCCUGCAGCACUUCGUGAUCGCGUGGUGUCAAUCGCGCAUGAAGGUCAUCAAGGAAUUUCGCGAACGAAAUCACUCCUCCGUUCACAGGUGUGGUUCCCCGGAAUGGACACCAAAGUCGAAACCAUUAUUCGGCUUUGUCCAGCUUGUCAGGCAGUCCAGGAUACGCGCAUGCCUCUUGAACCACUACGAAUGUCCAGUAUGCCUCCUGGUCCGUGGCAGCACGUCAGUAUGGAUUUCUGUGGACCUCUUCCUACAGGCGACUAUCUCAUGGUCCUAAUCGACGAGUUCUCACGCUAUCCGGUAGUUGAGAUUGUGAGGUCGGUUUCCGCGUCAGUUGUUAUACCUGUCCUAGAUAAAGUUCUCUCAGUGUUUGGCUUUCCAACAGUUCUGAAAUCCGACAAUGGUAGCCCGUUUAACUCGGGUGCAUUUGCACUAUAUGCCAAACACAGCGGUUUCGCACACCGACGCAUCACGCCUCUCUGGCCCAGAGCCAAUUCGCAAGCUGAAGCUUUCAAUAAGCCUCUGAUGAAAGCAGUCCGAGCAGCGUGUCUUGCACAGCAGAAUUGGAAACAACGGAUGUUUGUCUUCCUUCGCCAGUAUCGCGCAACCCCUCACACGUCAACGGGAGCAUCUCCUUUCCAACUGAUGUUCGGUCGCGUUCCAUUUACACGCCUCCCGCAUGUACCUCCCGCAGACAUCAGUUGCCAUAGCAAUGACAACCAACUCGAUCAUCAACGAGUACUCGAGAAAGCACUUUCGAAGGAUGAAGUAGCGAAGUCGAAGCAGAAGCAGUACGCCGACAAAAGACAGCGAACACGCGUGAGUGACAUCACCAUGGGUGACUACGUUCUACUUCGACGCGAUAAGCGAGGAGACAAGUUCUCCACCCCCUUUGUUCCUAACCCCAUGAUUGUUAUCGCGAGAAAAGGGAACAUGAUCACAGCUGAGACAUCUGAUCGCCGAGUUACACGCAAUGCUUCAUUCUUCAAGAAGGUACCGUUUCGCAGUUCCCCCUUUGCCCCUGAGGCAGAUGUCGAUAACGAUGACGAUGACAUUCUCAUUCCAGGACAUCACUAUGAUGUUCCCCCUGCCCCUAACAUUCACUCCCGACAUCCUGCCCCCUCCAGUCGCCCUUCUCGUACCCGGCGACGACCUCGGUAUUUGACAGACUAUGUCCCAUAG